AUGAAGCAGAGAAACAAAUAUGGUCGUCCCUAGACAUGACCAAUAUCGGAAUACGGCACUUCAGCCCUGCCCUUUUCGCUUAUACUUUUCUCACACAGCUCCAUUUGGCAAACAACCAGCUGCAAGAGCUACCAUCAGCAAUUGGGCUACUCAGACUGCUUGUGCACCUCGAUGUCAGUGGUAACGCGCUGACGCAACUCCCGGUUGAAAUGGCCAUGCUGACUGGUCUCAAGACUCUAUUGCUGUUUGACAAUAAGAUCACAUCCGUACCAGCGGAGUUUGGCUCCCUCUACCAGCUCGAGUUCAUCGGUCUUGAGGGCAAUCCGCUGGCAGAGCCCUUGAAGCAAUAUUUGUUGACUGACGGCACAGUCGGGCUCAUACACUUCCUGCGCGAUUCGUGUCCUGUUCCUAUGCCGCCGCCGGAACGCGAAUGGGCAGAACUCCCUGAUGGUAAGAGUGAAGGAGAGUCUUUUACCGUCUUUUGCUACAAUAUUUUGGCAGAGAGGUAUGCGACUGCCAGCAUGUAUGGCUAUACCCCUAGUUGGGCGCUGGCGUGGGAUUAUCGGCGGGAGCUUAUACUUCACGAAAUCACAUCUUAUGGUGCCGACAUCAUUUGCCUGCAAGAGGUGGACAAGGACAAUUACGACAACUAUUUUUCGCCGCAACUCAAGGAAAAGGGCUACGAAGGGGUCUAUUGGCCCAAAAGUAGAGUGCGGACCAUGAACGAGAAAGAAUCCCGACUGGUCGAUGGUUGUGCCAGUUUCUUCAAAACGGACAUGUUUGAACUCGUCAACAAACAGCUCAUCGAGUUCAAUCAAGCUCCAUCAUUCCGGCGAGAUCCAAACUUCAAAUACACCAAAGAAAUCUACAACCGAUUCAUGACCAAGGACAACAUCACGGUGGUCGCCAUGCUGGAACGAAAAUCUACUGGUUCAAGACUCAUGUUGGCGAAUGCCCACAUUCACUGGGACCCAAAGUUCCGCGAUGUGAAAGUGCUCCAGGUGGCUAUGAUGAUGGAUGAGUUGCAUAAUCAGGCCAAUGGCUUCGCUAAAAAUCCGCCACGCUGUGUUCCGAAAGAUAAGGCACCGAAGUAUAAUACCGGAACCGAUAUUCCGCUGAUUGUCUGCGGAGACUUCAAUUCUAUUCCAAACAGCGGUGUCUACGACUUCAUGUCACGAGGCUUCAUUGAACAGGAUCACGAAGAUUUUAUGCAGCUCGAUUAUGGCAAUUACAUUAAAGACGGCCGCAAACACAAUUUUUCUCUAAAAAGCGCUUAUGCCCGGCUGGGUGAAUUACCCUUUACGAACCACACGCCUGGCUUCCAAGGAGUGAUAGAUUACAUUUGGCAUACGACGAGCUCAUUGGAGGUCAUUGGUGUGCUGAAGGACGUCGACAAGAGCUAUCUCGAUGGCGUGGUUGGCUUCCCCAAUGCGCAUUUUCCUUCAGACCAUCUGUGCAUUCUGGCGGAGUUCCGGGUCAAACCA